CCGUGCCCGCCCGGCUCUAGCACCGACCAUGGGCCACCUGCAGCUCUGGCUGCCCAUCCUGGCCGGGCUCGUGGGGAUCGUGACCCAGGAAGACCUGUACCGAAAGGUGUUCGUGUUCCGGAAGGAUCCCAGCGAUGCUUUCGUGGUGCUGCGGGCGCGGCUGGAGCAGCCCCUGCACAACUUCACCGUGUGCCUGCGCUCCUACACCGACCUCACACGGCCCCACAGCCUCUUCUCCUACGCCACCAAAGCCCAGGACAACGAGAUCCUGCUCUUCAAACCCAAACCCGAGGAGUACCGCUUCUACGUGGGGGGGAAGUUUGUCACCUUCCGCGUCCCCGAGGGCCGCAGGGACUGGGAGCACGUGUGUGCCAGCUGGGAAUCCGCCACCGGCGUCGUCGAGUUCUGGUUCAACGGGAAGCCCUGGCCAAGGAAGGGGCUGCAGAGGGGCUACACGGUGGGGGCCACGGCUGCCAUCCUGCUGGGGCAGGAGCAGGACAGCUUCGGUGGUGGCUUUGACCUCUACAACUCCUUCUCAGGGGAGCUGACCGAUGUCUACCUGUGGGACACGGGGCUGUCGCCGGACAAGAUGCGCGCAGCCUUCCUGUCCCUGCGCCUGCCGCCCGCGCUGCUGGCCUGGAACAGCCUCAGCUACGAGGUGAAGGGAGAUGUGGUGGUGAAACCCCGGCUCCGGGAGGCACUGCAGGCCUGAGGGCUGCAGGGUCUG